CAACUGCUUCAUUAUGUGGAGCACUUUUAAGAAGUAGAAAUAUCAUCGUAUGUCCAUCAUCUCAACCAAUCUCUCCAACACAUUAACAAGCUCUAUGAACAAGUUUAUCUAUCACAUUGCAACCAAAAAGCUUUGAUAUCUUUCGACAUGUCCUCCAUCCCCAAGCGCUUUUAUAUCGUCGUUGACGGCAAACAUGUAGCCAAGCCCGAGCAUGACGACAGUGGAGUCCACAGUGAAGCCUGGAAUGCUCUAGUCGGAGACAAGGCUUCCAUAACACCAGCUGUUUUCGAGCUGGAGGGCGAUCGUCUGAUCAGCGGUACAUGGGCUCUGGGCCGCCACCCUGCUGAGACUGGCGACACUGGUUUCAAAGCCGUUGUUUGGCUUGUAAUGGAGAGGGCUCAUCUCUUGCAUCCUGUAAUUGUCAAAGAGGGUGAAGAUGGGUCUCAACUGAGAUUCGGAGGUUCUUCUAAUGACAAGACUGGUCGCCCAUUGGGGCUUCAGCACGACAGACUUUAUGUUUCCGUCGAGGACGAGGUUGAACAAAAUCUGACUGUCGAGCUUGUCGCUGCCGAGGAGUAGAGGACCAGAAUCUUCUCAAAGUGGCUGCAUGGCGGAUUGAUCUAUCUUUCAGAUAUUCUAGUCAUAAUAUGC